UGUGGCUCCUGUGUCAUCACGUGUUCCCACUGUCCUUGGCCACCACCGGCGUGAGUUGUGAUCAUCAUGGCUGCUCUGUUAGCUGGAGCCCGGCUUGUCCUUCGCCAGGGGCUGCGCUUCCUGCCGGCUUGUAGUGUGCGGCCUGCGGCUGUGUCAGUCAGAGGUUUCCCUAGCCCAACGAGGUUUCUUGCGACAGCUACACAAGAUAAAGACGCCAUAGAUGUAGAGUCUUUUCAGCUAAAUGACAACUCGCGAACACAUUCUGAAGGAUGGUCCCUCCAUCAUUUUGGAACCAGGUUGAAAAAAACGGGACGGAUUACCAGAAGCCAACUUCUUAAAGCUUUAACGUCGGUUUGCCAAGCAGGUACUCCAUCCAGCACCCAGGCCUGGUUCCUCUUGCAGUCAUGCGGGUCCUUAAUGCCUGGAGUGCCCCCGUCAGAAAGAACUGAGAUUGCAGAAACAGUCUGGAGCAAACUGCAAGAAUUAGGUGUUGUCUUCAAUGAAACCCAUUACAACGUUUUACUGAAAAUUUACCUUGAAAAUGAACACAAAUUCUCACCUACUGAAUUCCUUUCUACCAUGGAGAACGCCCAAUUACAGCCAGAUCAAAGUACAUAUGAAGGACUGAUUGCAGCUUACUGUAAUGAAGGAGAUAUUCAAGGAGCAAGCAAAAUUCUGGGUUUCAUGAAGAGCACCAAUCUCGCAAUCACAGAGUCCGUUUUCAGCUCUCUGAUCAGAGGACAUGCAAGAUCUGGAGAUAUGGAAAGUGCCAAGAACAUCCUGUCUGUCAUGGAAGGAGCAGGGUUAGUCCCUGGAAGAGGAGCAUAUGAGGCAUUGCUUUGUGCAUAUGCUGAAAAAGGAGAUAUUGAAAGCAUCAAGCAGACUCUGGAUGACUGUAAAGUGACCCUGACAGACCGGACCUUCCUAAACAUGAUCUAUUGUCUGGCAAAGACCGGUCACUCUCAGUUUGUGCCAGAUAUCUUUGAACAGAUGAAGACUUGCACAGGACUUUUACAAGAAGUGAUAAAUCUGUGUUACAAGUUACUGACACAAGGCUAUGGAGAUAUCGCUCUAGAUGUAGCAAAGAAGUUUAUUCCCACCCAACAGUCAGAAUUAAGUUUCGCAAGUCAGCCGGGCAGCUUCUUUAUACGUCACUGCAUCCUUUUAAACCUGCCUGCCAGCACUAUAAAGACAUAUGCACCCAAAUUGGAAGAAUCCAAGUUGCACUGCUCACCCUUGCAGUUUGCUUUAUAUUGUGCUCUGGAAAAUGAUAAUAAAGAUUUGGCACUUGACCUUAUAAGAACCUUAAAAGAAGAAGGCUUACCUGUAAGACCGCACUACUGUUGGCCUCUGCUGGCUUCCUUCCAAAAUGAGAAAAAUGUACAAGGUUUUCUGCAAGUUCUCAGAGCAAUGAAAGAGUUGGGUGUGGAUCUUGAUGUGGAUACCUUUUAUUUAUAUGUUGCCGAAUUGUUUGCUAAUGCAGAAUCUCCUGAAUCCAUACUGCAGGAGAAUGAAUUUCGAGAAGAUUUUAAUAAGCUUUACCUAUCUGUACUAAAAACUGGACUCAUGAGCAGAAAUCUAAAACGUGUUUAUGAUUUAUUAUCAUCAAAUAUCCCUUUUGACAAUGACAUAAGUUUCAUGAAUACUUUAUUCUAUGUGUUUCCAAGGAGCGGUGAUUUUGCACUAAUGGGAAAGAUAACAAAGCUCUUGUUCCAGGAUGACUCCAGCCUCGGAAAACCUUUGCAUGAAACUGAAUCUGUUGGCUAUUUUCUGUACGGCUUGAUUGGCAGCCUGAGUGACUCGGAGGUACAAGCCAAAGAAGAACAUCUGAAACAAUACUUCCAUCAGCUUAAGGAGAUGGGCGUUACACUUGACUCGCGAAAGGCCAAAAGAAUUAUUCAGUUGUUGGAAACUCGUAAUGUUCCUCGGUUAGCUAAGAAUAUAAAGGAAUUGGUGUCUCAACAAGAAGUUGUUAGUGAGGCUAAAAAUAUUCCAGACCUGGAAGAAGAAUUGGAGAAAUUGGAACCCAAAGAUCUUCCAUUUGGGCGAGCCUUAAUGGAUCUACUUAAUGCAUUAAUUAAAGAAGAGGAGUUGGACAAAGUUUUGGAGCUGACAUCAAAGCAUGGCAGUGAUUUUAAUUUUGCCAUGUUUAUGAAAGUUCUGGGUUUGUGCUGCAAAAAGAACAAUCCAAAAGAAGCACUGAAAAUAAAAGAGGAAGUGCACCGCAGGGGUUUCACCGAUUUACCUACAACAACCAAGUACAUGCGUCUUCUGAACGUGCUGGCGCUGAAUGGUCAUAUUGAAGAUGCUAUUAACAUUCUAAAGGAGAUGCAAGAGAGGGACGUGGCUGUCGACGAAUACGCCAGUAGAUUGUUCGUUCAAAUCCUCAACACUUUGGCCAUGAAUGGUGACGUUGACGGUGUCAACCGAUUGCACGAGCACCUCGUGAUACUGGGCCUGGCUAAGCCGACUUCCACCCUCUGUUCCUCGCUGGUGAUGGUGCACUUGCAGCAGAAUGAUCCUUCAGCCGCUUUGGAUACCUUGAUACAGUGUCACGAGAAGUACAAGUGCUGUCCAAUGGAGUAUGUCCUGCUGUUGAAGUUGGUAGAGACGGGAGAAACCGACCUGCUGAAGAAAGCUGUGGAUUACAUAAGUAACGCACGAGGGGAAAGGUUAAUGCUCAUCGACCUUUUAUUUGUCUUCAUCGAAUCAGGAAAGUACGCGGAGGCCCAGAAGAUUGCGGAGACUCCUGGUUUGAGAGCCGUUCCAAACAAGAUAACCUGGAUAUUUGAAAGAUACGCAAGGAUGAAUAAGGUAGAAGCGAUGGAGAAAGGUGUGGAGCUCACACAGGCCCUAUAUGGAUGUGACAGGGCAGAGCUUUAUUUUCAACUGCUGCGCCUGUAUGCAAAGAAUAAUGAUUGGGCUAAGGCAAUACCACUCUGGCACAAAAUGAAGGCGGAGAAAGUCGCAGCACCGGGGAAAACCCGUGGCCUGUUCAUCAAAUUAUUUAAGGAAAAUGGUCAAGAUAUUUUUCAUCACAUCCCAGAGUUCAAGCAAGAAGACUAUCACGUAGAGGACCAUAACAAAAGAUUGCUGGAUUUGUGCAAGACGGGGGAUUUUAAUGGUGCAUACAGUCUGUUUCUGGAGUUGGAGCAGAACCAGAAAACUCUAACCAAAACUGCCUACGCAAGACUUAUUAAAGCACUGCUGGAAGGUGGCCUAUUGGAUAAUGCUAUGAAUGUAGCAGAUGUCGCCAAGAACCACUUCAGCGACUACAGCAUACAAAAUGUUUCCGGCAAUCUCCUUCUGGCAGAGCAAGUUAGGCGGGACUGUUUGAAAGAUGCACUAGUCACCCUAGAGAAGUUACUCAGUGAUGGCAGUAUGCCCAGCCGCCUCACAGUGAAUCGACUCACCGAAGCCUUCGCCAUGAGAGGAGAUGUGGGCAGCCUGGAAAAAAUGGAAGCGAUGACGGUCAGCAGCGGCGUAGACCUUCCCAGAAUGAACAGACAAUAUCUCAACACCAAACUGUUAGCUCACUUCAGAAAUGAAAACUUUGAAGAAGCCACCUCAGAGAUUGAAUCAUUAUGUACAGAAAACCCACAGGUCUCCUUCACUUACCUGUUUCAGAAGCUAAUUCAGAACAACAUGUCCGAAGCACUGGAAAAAGUGAGUAUUGUGGCAGAGAGGUUGUCCGCUCAGUUCUCAGUGUACCGCCCAGUCACAGAACUGUUUCUUGUAUACAUCCAAUUGGAAAAAGUGGAUGAAGCCAAACAAUUAUUACAGAGAUGCAAUGCUAUUCUGGAACAAAGUAAUAUUCUGAGACCGCACAUUAUCAAGCGCAGUUUUGCGGGUCAGAAGGAAUACGUUACCCAGCUGAUCGAAACAUUGAAUGAUCCCGAUUACAAGCAAUUAGGUUAUAGCUGCCAGAUGAAAAAUUACAUUUUCACCAAGGAUUUAAACAAUGCCGUCGCUAUGUACGAGAAAAUGAAAGCCGAACAGAUAGAGCCAGACAAAGGCGCCUUGAAACAGUUGGCAGACCGUCUAAGAAAUGCCGGCAAGCCUGUCCCUUUCCCCGAACCCCAAGAUUCUGUACAGUCCUCCAGUGAAGAGGAAAGCUCAUCCAGUCCAUCUGAUGAAAAGCAUUAGUUUGACUUUUUUUUUCUCUAUUUUUUUUUUAAGGCGUUUUUUUUUUCUAUAAUGUUUGUGCAAAAUGCAUUAUCUGUGAGACAAAUAAGUUAAUGUGAUAAAUAAAAAAGGGUAAUUUUA